GAAAACUUCGACAAGAGGACUCACUCUGGAUCUUUUCAGGAUAACAAUGAGCUCCACGACGCUUGUGCGCGCACGAGAUCAGAACGCGGACUUUUGACUUCACUUUGGACCGAACCACGUCUGAACGUUCACUGCAGACGAUCUGCAGAUCUCGCUGCUCUGCUGCGAUGUUCAAAAGAAACCAAGUCAUUUAGAAAGGUUUGUGUGUGAUGGCUGAUGUGACAUUUCCAGGGUGAGCAGCUCCUGUUUCCAGUGCUGUGACGCCCUCUGCUGUGUGGCUGAGGAAGAUUCAGGACUGGGAAAGUAAGGAUGGAGAAUGUUAUCAAAGAGGGGAUGAACACUGUCAUCAUCAACCACUACAACCACUCGGGGAAGUUGGACCGACCUCGUGACGGGGGCGUCUGCAAGACGGUGUUGCUGUUAAUCAUCUGCAUGCUCAUCAUUCUGGAGAACAUCAUGGUUCUGCUCGCUAUCUGGAGGAAUAAGCGCUUCCACAGCCGAAUGUACCUGCUCAUUGGAAACCUGGCGUUGUCUGACCUUCUGGCCGGUGUGGCCUAUGUGGUAAAUAUCUUUACCUCGGGGAGUAAGACCUUCUACCUGACGCCAGAGCAAUGGCUGGCCAGAGAGGGAAGCAUGUUUGUGGCUCUCAGCGCCUCCACCUUCAGUCUCCUGGCCAUCGGCAUUGAGAGGCACAUGACAAUGGUGCGUCUGCGGCCCAAUGAAACAACCGGACGAGGAAGACUCCUGGUAAUGUUGGCAGCAUGCUGGGUUGUGUCUGUGCUGCUCGGGGCCCUGCCCAGUCUGGGCUGGAACUGCCUGAACAAUCUGGAUUCCUGCUCCACAGUUCUGCCAUUGUACGCUGAAAGUUACAUUGCCUUCUGCAUUAGUGUGUUCAGCGCGCUGCUGGUUGCUAUCAUCAUUCUCUACAUAAGAAUUUACCGUCUGGUGACCUCCAGCGGCCGCAGGGUGAGCAGCCGGCCCUCAGACUGCUCUCUGGUCCUGCUGCGGACGGUUGUGAUUGUUCUUGGGGUUUUUGUCGUUUGCUGGACCCCCUUGUUCGUUCUGCUCCUGCUUGAUGUCGGUUGCAGCCCGCAAAGGUGCGAGGUGCUUUACAAGGUGGACUGGUUCAUUGCCCUGGCUGUUCUCAAUUCUGCCCUCAACCCUCUGAUAUACACUCUGUCCAGCAGGGAGAUGAGAGGAGCUUUCUAUAACUUACUCUGUUGCUCUCAAACCAGCAUGGAGCCAUGUGAGUCUCCUGCACUGGGUAACCCUCCGCUGGGCACCAUUAUCCCCACACUGGAAAACAGCAGGACCAGUAUGGGUGGAGGUGGAGGGAGUGGGACUGGCAAAUCCACUCUAAAGAUUCCUGCACCGACAAACUCCGACAAUAAACACGCAGACCCUUCUCCCACUACAGUACUUCACCCGACGGGGCCGGCGGACCUGCUCUCAGCUGUGCUUGUGAAGGCGGGGGCACUGCCAUCCCUCAGCAAGUUCUGAGUGGCGUCACUUAAAAAAUAGACUCGUAUCAGACAUUGCUUCACUAUCAGCCACUUUUUGUUUGUUUACCAUUGCUCAUGUAGCUUAUGAAACUUCGUUGGAACAGAGAACAUCACGGCGGUUGCUCAGACUACAAUAAAAGCCCCGUAGGCCACUAAUGACACACAUGGUUAUAAACAUCAAAAACCCAAACGGUGAACAAAAUAUAAGUUUGAUUUUCACAGUUCUUAAUGUUAAGUAACAUUUCUAACCAUCAGACUCAACAGGAAAGUGCCAUGCAUGCCUUGAUUCAAUCUCUUCAUCAUGCUGAUUGAACAGCAGUUUACUCACCUUUCACAAUAUUUAUUCAUCAUAAGCCAGCAGCAUUCAAAUGGUGGUACUUUUUACUUGUUGUUUUAAGAAUUUUUAGAACAUCUGAAUUCCUCAUCACUUUUAAAUUCUUUACUAUUAACUUUUGUUGAAGAAGAGCCUUGUAUGUAUUCUCUACACUGUUGGCCUAUAUGUGUUUCUUGUUUGUUUCGUCCGUUUGCUUAAGCCUGUCCUCAGAACCUGAGGAUUGUUUCACAAAACCUGGAUUGCGGUUUAAGCCAGCAGUUUUCAGAUGCCCUGGCUUAACUAAGCUUAAAUUCGGUUUCACAAAAGCUGAUGGCGUUACGUCAAGCCUGACUUUAUCUGUUAUCCCGGAUUUUGUAAUCCUACUUUUGUGAAACAGCCCUCUGGAGGUCACUUUCCUGGAAGUUUCUUUAAAUGAACUGGUUAUUUUCCUAAGUGAUACUUUGAGGUUACAUUUUGGAGAUCAUCACCAAGUUUUGAGACCUGUUGGUUACUUCUUUUAGGUAUUUUCACCUAACUUACACCUUUUCUACUUUACUAGUUAUCUAGCUAUUAGGUAUUUUCCAGGAAAGGCUUCUGGCCUGCUCUGGAAAGUAGCAUCUACGUUUCUGGUAAGUACUUUAUAGGUUUUGGGGAAAGUGUCCGGUAUGUUCCUGUAAAAUUCCCUUGAAUUACCUGGCAAGCUUCUGGAAAGUUUUAGAAAGUAAACGGUAAGUUCAUUGAAUGUAAGAGCUGUAUUAUGUAGUUCUACCAACCGUUAUGGUACUUUACCUUUAUUAUAGUAAUUUGUUGUGCACUGUGGGCAAGAAAAGUAUUGCCAGACUAGCAGCUUCAUGAGGCUGUGAUGAGUUUUACAUACAUAAAAUAUGUGGAUAAAAAUGUUUUAGAUUCCUUAUUUAUUUUCAGGGGAAACUUGAGGAUCUUUAAUGCUUACCUUGUCACCAGAUGUGUGUACUCCUGCAGUCUGCAGGCAAGAUUUGCAUAACCACAUCUAAAGAUACUUGCUUCUCACCAACACCUGCAGAAACCACUUAUAUAUUUAUAUGUAUCACUUAACCACUUGUGAAUGAGAAUGUUGGAUCUGAAUUAUUUAAUUAUAGUAGAUUGUUGUGGUUGAUGUAGUGUCUGAUAAGGCA